GUGUGAAUGGGAAAUCUGUGAAUCACGUACUAUCUCAAACAGAAAAUAAUCAUGGAGGCUACAACAACCCUGGUAGUCAGGCAACAAGACAAUGAAUGCCCCGGAUCAGACGGUUUACUUGGUCGUAGUCAUGGAUGCAAAGCUGAACUUCCGUUUCCGAUCACAAGGCGCAAACGCAAAGAGGAAUAUCAAAACUUCCGGUCAUGUUGUGAUCUUGAAAAAAAUUGCUACAAGAUGUAUGCUUUCUCUAAGGCCUGCCUGACUGCAGCACAGGAACAGUGUAUUUAUGGAAGAAUUCUCUUUUUUUCAUCUAGGAAAUUUACAUCAACAAAUUCAAACUGUCUAUGCGUCGCUAACAUAGCGUAUAUCAACACAAGUCGACAGGUCAAGCUGCUAAACCAUGAGGCUGCCCUAAACACAAUAUCCGUUCGGUAUGCUAGUUAUGAGGAAAAGAAAGAAAAACAGAAGACACAUGCACAGAAAAUGAUAGAAAUGUUUGACCUGCCAACAAAGAAAAAGAAAUUUGAAACAAGGAAACCAUAUGAUUAUUCGGGUGAUGUAGUUGAGCAGACUCCUUUGAAAGACGAUGAAGUCCUUUUUAUUUACAGAGGAUUAGAAGACCAUUUUAAAGAUUUUCCAGACAAUUAUAAAAAAGUAACCACAGCUGAAUAUGCAGAUGGGCAAGAAAAAAUGGCUCAUAGAAUCUGGACUAUGCAGGAAAAGAUUCUCAACAUUUGUAAAUACGGGGAGAAGAAUGAGAUGAUAAUUGCCAAGAAAACAAUUCAGAUUAGAAAUCUGCUGGGACAUUGCCAGAAAAACAAAAAGGAUGGUUUAUCCAAAGUGAUAUUGCAAGAACAGAUACAAGGACGACAAAAAGAAUUGAAAAAAUUAAGAAAAGCGGAUUACAAGAGGUUUAUUUGGUUACUGAAAGAACUAGAACUCAAGUACAAACCCCAUCCUUUGUAUGUCGAUGUGAACAGCAGAAGAGCAAAAAUGCGGCAAUACUUAAGAGAAGAGGCAUGUCGCAACAUCCGAGAAAAAAUUCGAACUGUGUAUGAAAGACUUGAUAAUGAAAAAGAAAAGUUUUAUGCAGAAAAGGAGAAACAGUUGGCCGAGAUCAGGAGAGACUUGGCAGAGUACAAUAUUAAUGACUAUGAAGUCUUAGAAAAAGUGAAAGUGCUACGACAACAGAGGGUUACGGAAAGACUUAACAAACCACCCCCAACUCCCAACACUUUUAAGUGGAUCCAGGUCGACAAAGACGCAAAAAAGGCUCGAAGUCGGGAAAAAGAGUUGCACAGACAAGGCAUGAUCAGAAAGGGAGAGGAGAGACUGAAGGAAAUGGGGAAAGGAUUAGUUGGGCAAAUUUAGUAUAAUCAUAAAAUGAUAAGAAAGGAUGUUAAAUAAAUACAUGUAAAAAAGGAA